UUGUUUUUGCCCCUGUGCAGACAUACUAUUUUUCUCCGUCUGGUUCAUCAGGCGGUAGUGAAAGAAGCUCCGCAUAGCCUUGUAUUGCAUGGUAGUGUGUGCGCGGGAAACGUAACUAUGAAAUUAUUUCGGCUUAAUACACUGUCGGUCAGCAAGGGUCAAGUUCGAAGAAUGAACGAGGUCAUCGUCUCGACAUCGUCUGCACUAGACCGCCUAAAUGCGGACGUGUGCAAUGAGGAACCCAUAAAACCCCAUCUUUACCAAACGACUGGAACAGCGAGCUGGCGAGUUGUGCGUGUCCGUGCUCUACGUUGAGAUACAUAAUCAUAUAUUUAUGCAUGUUUAUUAAUGCCUGGUGUAGCGAUCGUGGUGACACAAUGGAGCUAACACUUCCGGACGAUUGCCGUUCUACAAAAGAUAUACAGGAUCAUAAUUCUGAGGGAUUACUGGGAGAUAUAUACAGAGAAGGAUAGCCAUUUAGCCAACAUCUAUUCACUUCAGUACAUCGCACAAUAAAACAUACAUGCAUGUAGGAUGAUCUCAAAACAUCCAAACCGCACAGUCCAACAUUGAACCGACUUGAUGUUGUGCAACGUUACUUCAGUUCCAGAAAGCUUGACCACAAUCUUUGACCCAAGGAUUUUUGAACUUACAGCGAAGAAAAAAGAAGAUUUGAGGUUUCCAUCCGUCUGAACGAUGAGGUGCAUGAGUAGGACACGUUGCUCAUGGCUGAUCGUUAUUAUCAUAUCGUCUGUGGCACUUUCUUGGUUAUAUCUCACGCAUUCUAAACAAGAUGUAUUUCCUGAAAUCCACAACUCCGUGUCACGUGAAAAAUGCCCAUGUGCUUCUGGAGCCAGGAUGAGCACUGACGAUGAACCCAAUUUGGCUUAUAACAAGCCCAACGAAUCGCAGACACUGACUGUAGUAAAGCAAUGCGGAUCACGCUAUGGGAAAGCGGUUCUAAAAGACGACAUCACUGUAGUCUACAACCGAGUCCCGAAGUGUGGCAGUAGAGCGCUCCUUCAGUGUGUCAAGAGCUUGGUGAAGAAAAACCAAAUUCGUGGUCCUAUACCCAUGGUACCCCCGACAUUCAAGGCUGAACUGGCUCUCUUGACACGCACAGUUGAAGGGGUUAGGUCACAAAGGAGGGCGUUCCUCGAAGGCCAUGUCCGAUUCAAUCACUUUCAAGAUGAGAGGGUGCAUUACAUCAACAUGAUCCGAGAUCCGCUGAAUCGCUUGGUGUCCAGUUUCUAUUUCAACCGCCACGGUGACGGGUUGCUCUCUCCUCGACAACUCGCUGACGUCCGGAACAGAACCAAGCCAGAGGUCAUUGAUGAGACCUUUGAUGAAUGCGUCAGUCAUGAAAGGUUAUCAUGCACAGGACCUCAAGUCUUAAGCUACGUGAUCGGAUUCUUCUGUGGGUUCCAUCCUAGGUGCAGGAAAGCAACACAGUGGACUUUAGACGAGGCAAAGCGGAACCUCGAUUACUACACUGCAGUCGGUAUCGUAGAGGAGUAUAACUCAUCUAUGAGGGUACUGGAGUUUCUUUUUCCAUCGAUGUUUACAGGUUUAGUGAAGAGAUACACUCGUCUGAGUAGAGACACAGAUUUCCAGGUUAAAGCCCACGCUCACCGGUAUGUCCCACCCUCUCCUAAAGUCAAGGCAUAUAUGACAAAGAAGCUGAAACUAGAAUAUGAAUUCUACGAGUAUGCAAAAUCAAGAUUCGACAUGCUACUGGACGAGUUGCAUCUGAGAGACAGUGAUGUGAGAUGACGAUGAAGAAGGUGGGCUAGGGACAAUGAGCAAUGUAAGGACUUGUCAAAAAUAUGAAUAGAAUUAUGAUGGAGAUUGGAUCGGAAAAUACUAUGUGCUAUUAUGUCAAAAGAUUGAUUGUAGCAAAUGGAAUCACGUUGGCCGGCUUACUUCGAAUCAGUGGGUCGUCGCGUUCGGUCGGGUGGUCGCGUUACACCUUUUUUUAAACGAAGGAUUUUUACGUCAAUUGUCAGGUAAAUUAGAUCAGACCAUUUGUAGAUGAGUGAGGUUUAUGUCACAAACAUUACCCCCGAUAUUUGGUGAACAAAGGGGCAUGUUUUCGCCAAAGGUCGGGUAACGCGACCAACUGACUCGACGCGAUGACCCGAUGAUACGAAGUAAGCCUCUUUGGCCACAUUUGUAGACGGAAGGAUGAUAUGAUUGAAAAGAUAAUUAUGCAAGGACGCAGUGAAGGCCAAAGGAGACGAGGCAGGCAGAAGCUUGGUUGGCAGAUGGAAUAAGACAGGUAAAAGGUUUAUCACUCGCCUUAGCCAACCGUAUGGCUCAAGACAGAACAUAGUGGAGAACCAUCAUCGGUCAUGACUCAUAGGACCACCAUGGAGAUCUCUAAGGAGAUGACAGUCUAUCGGAGAAGUAUUCAGGAGACAGAUAUAAGAGAGAAAGAAGACUGAAAGGAUCUUCCUAUGCACCAUCUCUUCAACCCAACCUGUUGGGGACAAGAAGACGAGUAAACGUCACCGGUGAUCUGAGGCAAGUCAAUUUGACUUAUCUGUGAUGGUUAGAUGAAGAGCAAAGCUCACCAUCUAGACCGACGAGAUUGCGAGAUGUCGUAAUGUCGACUUGCCCUUAGCAUCAGAAGACGAGUACAAAAGACAGGAUAGUGGAUCUCAUUAUUUGGACUUCCAUGGGGACGGGAUGUCGAGAGAUCAAAGCCGAGAUCAUUGAUGUCGUAAAAUCAAUCUUUUUGGUACCAGGAGACAACAUUUUAAAAUCAUCUACACAAAGUCAUGCCGGCUUCUAAGUUGUAAAACGGUACUUAUGAUGCAGGAGAGCUGAAAGAAGAAAGAGAAAACUUUGCAAAUACGUUGUGAUUUUAGAUUUCUGUACCAGCCCAGUUGUAUUUUCACUGAAAUGACCAUUUAUUGAAAUGAAUCAAUUCAUAUUGUUAGUUAAUAGGUUAUGCAUUAAUUGAAAACCAAAUUUUUAACGUAUUAUGUUUACUAUUAAAAAAAAACAUCAAAUCGUAAUGGUACAUUUUAUUUUUAAGUAUGAGGUUGGAAUAAAAUCCUGUUACAAAAUA